AAUCAAGUUUCUCUUAUUCAUCUCGCUCCCCAGCUACUCUCUCUCUCAAUCUAAAAUCUCUCCCCUCUCUCUCUCUCUCUCUCUAUCUCUCAGACUACAUAUCUAACAACUCUGCUUUGCUUAGGUUUUUCUAUACUUAGAAGUCACAGUUUCAUUCAAACCAAACACUUCUAUGAAUUCCAAAGGAAGCGGAAUGGGUGCUUAUCAAUUUCGGAUGAUUACUGUGGUUGAGGACACUUGUCUGUUUUAGGUGUGCUAAAUAUGGCUGUGGCUGGUUUACAUAAUGUUUCUGCAAUCAGUUCUUCAUUGGGUAUAGAGGCUCAGUCUUCCUUGCCCAGAUGGUGUGCUAAUAAUGAAAAACAAAGUACCUCGCUUUUGCGAAUGUGGCGAGAGCUUGAGGGAGAUCAAAUUGCAAGUAGUUCCCAAUCACAGGUUGGAGGAAGAUCAAUGCAGGAGAAUGUGAUCGAACAUGGUUCCAGCUUAAGUAAUACUUGUUUGUCUGCUGGUAGUGGGGAUGGCAGUGUACAUAGCUUGAUAGAUUCAAAUGAAAAAGAGAAUGAACGCAUCAUAUCUCCCAGAGUAAGACAAAUUGAACAUGAUGAUACUAGAAGUUCAAGCUCGGAAUCUACUAAUUAUAGUGAAGUUGAAAGGGAGAGGCUGAGGGAAGUUUUCCGUGAAUGGCAGAACAAUGGCUUAAGGAACAACACACCUAGUGAUUCAAAUUCAAACAAUUCAACAAGGGCACAAUGGCUUGGUGAAAAGGAGUGCGAAAGGGUGAGAACUGUACGGGAGUGGGUGAAUAAGACUACACAUCAAAGAGACAGAUGUCAUGGUGGAGGCAGAGAUGGACAAGAUUCUGAAACCGGUGUUCAAAUUGAUCGGGUUCAUGAAGGACACUCUGGUGACCAAUGUGAGACUAGACCCAAAAGGACAAUCCGUAGGCUGUGCGGCAGACAGACUCUUCUUGAUCUGCUGAUGAGAGCUGAGAAGGAAAGGAGAAGAGAGCUUCAGGAUUUGUUGGAUCAUAAACAUGUAUCGGAUUUUCCCUAUCGAAACCGCAUCCAGUCACUACUUAAAGGUAGAUUUUUGCGUAACACACCAUACAAUCAGGACGAGAAACAUUCUUCUCUAGCAGCAAGUGAAUUGGGCAUAUUACGACAAAAGCAAACUGUAUCUGGUUUAAGGGAAGGAUUUCUCUCGCCCAAAUUGGAAAACUGCAUCUCAGGCCCAGUAGGCAGUUGCCAGUCUGACAGCUCAUCUCAUAGUGACAUAAGUUGUCAUAGAAAUGAACAAACUCGAGUAAAUAGUUUUCAUGAUGUUGUUCAAGAUGAGUUCUGUCACUCUGAGCCUGAUAGCGAGGAAACAGAUACCAAUAUUUCCAAAACAGAGGACUUAGAAUUUGAUGCAAGUGAGGGUUCACAUCUGCAAGAAUCUGAAGCUCUAGCAGGUGAAAGUCGUGAUGGUUUGGUUUUGGAAAGUGAGAACAGAGAGCAACAAUCAUCAACCGAUGAAUUUGAUGCAAGGAGAACAUUUGUAUCAGAAAGUUCAUGGAGGAGUACUGAUGACAGGCAGCAUGAUACUCUAGGCACUGAAAGGAGUGAACAAGGUACUCUACUAGAACCCUGUCUAUCAGUCUCUCAAGGUUAUGAUCCUACAAGCAAUGAAAGAGAUGCACCCAGUGCAUCUGGUGAUAUAGAUCAGUUAGAAGCAACCGUAAUUGAAGGUAUGAGUUGGCAAAAUAUACCUCUUGAAUUAGAAGAUUGGCAAGAUUCAGUUAUAGAAGAUGGCGACAUUGACUGGGUACAAUUAAGCAUGGGUAACUAUACUGCAUGGAGAGAGGCUAGUGAAGAUGGUAUUGAUACAAUCUCACAUGCCAGUAGCCAUCAAGAAGAGUAUGAGUUGCGCAAUGACAGCGAACAUUUUCAUUUUCAAGUUCCGCAAGACGAGUGGCAUGAAAAUGCUUCAAAUGAUGGUAGAGAUGAUUGGUCAGAUAGACCUUCUGUUGAGGAAGUUCCCGGUGUUGAUGUUUCUCAUUUCUCUGAUGACGAUAAUGGGCAGAGUCUGGAACUCAGACAACUUCAUAGCAGGAGAAGAGUCUCUAAUCUUCUCAGAAGUGAUUUUCGAGCAAGUUUGGACCGGCUGAUACAAUCAUAUGUAGAGAGGCGCAAUCAUGCUCCUCUUGGCUGGGAGGCAGACGGAGCAUCAUCCUCUCCACCUGCUGUUAUAGAGGAGCAAGAGGAACAGAUGACAGUUCAGUCAGAAGUUUUUGUGAGUACAUCACUCCCAACAGUUGUACUGCCUUCACCACAGGUCACUUCUUCACAGACUACAUGGGAGCAUAAUGCUGGCCAGCAACAAGUGAAUAGCAUUCAGCAGUCAAGAAUUGACUGGGAGAUUGUUAAUGACUUGAGGCUUGACAUGGCUAUGCUUAAUCAUAGGAUGAACAGCAUGCAGAUGAUGCUGGAAGCCUGCAUGGAUAUGCAACUUGAGUUGCAGCGUUCAGUCAGGCAGGAGGUUUCUGCUGCUCUUAAUUGGCAAUCAAGAUCAGCAGAUUCUGAACUUAAUCUGGUUCCUGAUGAAUCUAAUUUGGAACAUGUGAAGAAUGGGGUUUGCUGUAUAUGCUGUGAUGCAAAUAUAGACUCUUUAUUGUACAGGUGUGGGCACAUGUGUGCAUGCUCCAAAUGUGCACAGAAGCUGGUCGAGGGCAAAGAUAAAUGUCCAAUGUGCCGGGCACCGGUAGUUGAGGUGAUCCGUGCUUAUUCCAUACAGUAGAGUAUGGAGCAAGAGUGUGAAUAGAAGGCAUAUAAAUUAAUGUCCGAAAAAAAGAGAGAAAAACAGGAACUAAUAAAUUAAUUAAGCAAUAUACAUUACUGACAGAGGUUAGUUUCCUUUAAACACCAAGAUCUUUUAUAUUUUGCAGUGCUUUUGCAUUUGUGCAGUGUAUUCAUGCUCAUUUUCUUUUCUGUUGAUCGCAGGAUAUUACUUUAUAGGAUAAAUAAAUUGGUAAAUGGAACUUUUUAUCCAUUUAUACCAGUCAGUAUUUUCUUCUUCCCUGCAAAUUCAUACAAAAUGGGAGAUCCUGUCCAAUUCAAUAUGAAAUGACAGUCAUUUGACUUGUACGAAUUGCCUGUGAUUUGCAGUAUUUUAAAUUGUUUAUACAGGAGUACAACUACAAUUUUUAAAGGAGAGAAUGUCAUUUGAAACUGUUUGAUUGUAA